AUGGGUGAUAUAAGAAAGGCUCAGAUUCCAGACAAAGCUACUUAUAUUCAUGGAUAUAGGUAUAUCAAGACUUUUGUGGAUGCUUAUUUUGCUGAUUCGGAAAUUAUUUAUAUCGAUCUCUCCACUCUCUUCAACCAAAAAUCAAAAGUUCCUACGACAUUAUUGAAAGGAAAUAUAAACUUAAAAGAUUACAAAGAUGGAGAGAUUUUCCAUGAUCCAUUUGGAUUUGUGUUCAUUGGAAAAGGGAAGAAGGGGAAUAAGAAGAAGUUUUUGUUUCAUACCGAUGAUGUGGAAAUGUAUUCUAAUCAACAUCUUUCCCGUAUCCUACUUCACAUCAACAACUGUCAGAGAAAGGAGAAUGAAGAUAGAGCGAAAUUCAGGAAGAUCAUUAUGUGGUACAUGGAGAUUUGGAAGGUUUCGCUAUAG